AUGAAUCUGCGUUCUGUAUUUACUGCAGAACAACAGAGGAUAUUGCAGCGUUACUAUGAAAAUGGAAUGACAAAUCAGAGUAAAAAUUGCUUUCAGCUCAUAUUACAGUGUGCACAAGAAACUAAGCUGGACUUCAGUGUAGUCAGGACGUGGGUUGGAAACAAAAGAAGAAAGAUGAGCAGUAAGAACGCCGUGGAUUCUGGAGGAAGCCCAUCAGCCACGACCAGCAGCACAUUGACAAUGCCUCCGGAAGUGGCCGUUCAAAACGUGGUCAGCAUAGCCCGUUCCCAGAGCCAGCAGUCCUCGUGGACGUCCUCCAAUAACGACGUCAUUGUCACCGGCAUCUAUAACCCGGCUACUUCGUCUGGCAGACUGGUCUCCACCAAACAGACUAACUCCUUGAUGAGCGAUAUGCAUAAAAAUUCCCUGUCGAGGCCGGCCGGGAAGAGCGAUCCCGAAUUCCAGCGGCAACACAUCGCAGUGACCCGCCAAGCUCCCCACUGUAAAAACGCGUCGCUUUUCCUGGGCGAGAAAACCAUCAUCCUCUCCAGGCAAACCAGCGUGCUGAAUUCAGGGAAUUCUAUUUACAACCACACGAAGAAAAGCUACGGUGGCUCGUCGGUUCAGACGGCGGAAUUAGUGUUACCUCAAAAGCCUGUCUUGUGCCACCGGCCGUACAAAGUGGACCAGGUGGGCUGCCAGCGGUUGCAAAAGCCAGAGCACCCCAUCCUCGCUUCUUCCGUGCCAUCCGGGCAGAGAUCUAACAUUAGAGACCCUUCCUGUAGCACCCACAAUUUGGAAAUCCGAGAGGUUUUUUCCUUGGCUGUUACUGACCAGUCUCUGGGAGGAAGUCGAGAGAAGGCCCUGUCAUCUUCCGGAGAAGGCAGUUGUCUGUCUAUCGCGAUGGAAACCGGGGAUGUGGACGAUGAAUACGCCAGAGAGGAAGAGUUGGCCUCCAUGGGCGCCCAGAUACAAAACUACUCUCGGCUAAGCGGCACGUCCCUCCGCGUCGAGAAUCCGGGAUCUGGUUUUUCUGGCUCAGGCAGGAGCAUGAGUUGCAAUUCGCACGUGCUGAACGCGAGGAACUUGCACAACAAUAUCUUGUAUCACAACAGAGACUACCGUUUACCUCCACGGACUUCGUUGCACAGCACAUCCAGUACGCUCUAUAGCAAUCCCUAUCCAUCAAGAAGUAACCUUUCUUCUCAUUUUGCAGCAUCCAAUCAACUAAGGCUAUCUCAGAACCAAAAUAAUUAUCAGAUUUCAGGAAACCUUACUGUGCCUUGGAUUACUGGGUGCUCCAGGAAAAGAGCAUUACAGGACCGUACACAAUUCAGCGACCGAGAUUUAGCCACCCUUAAGAAAUACUGGGAUAAAGGCAUGACCAGCCUUGGAUCGGUUUGCAGAGAGAAAAUUGAAGCCGUUGCUGCAGAAUUAAAUGUUGACUGUGAAAUAGUAAGGACUUGGAUUGGAAAUAGGAGGCGGAAGUAUCGUUUGAUGGGCAUUGAAGUGCCUCCUCCGCGAGGGGGGCCUGCCGUUUUUUCGAGUCAGUCCGAUUCCAGUGAUAAAUCGGUACCCAUUCCAGGCGAUGACCCCCUGACUGAUAUAGGAGAUGAUAACGACAGGAAUGAUGAAGUGUCCAUCUGCUUAUCGGAAGGAAGCUCCCAAGAAGAACAUAAUGAAGUUCUUCCAAAUGAAGGCAUUGGCCACAAAGAAGAGGACCAUGCUACUGUAUCUUCAGAUAAUGUGAAAAUAGAAAUAAUAGAUGAUGAAGAAAGCGAUAUGAUAAGCAAUUCUGAAGUGGAUCAAAUGAGCUCUCUUCUGGACUACAAAAACGAGGAAGUAAGGUUCGUUGAGAGUGAACUGGAGCAUCAAAAACAGAAGUAUUUUGAACUCCAGACUUUCACGAGAAGUUUGAUACUUGCUGUCAAAACAGACGAUAAAGAUCAGCAGCAGGCACUUCUAGCCGAUUUACCUCCAGAAUUGGAAGAGAUGGAUUUCAAUCAUACAUCUCCAGAACCCGACGAUACCUCAUUCAGCUUGUCAUCUUCAUCCGAAAAAAAUGCCUUGGACAGUUUGUAAUCUUUUUUUGACAAAGGAAAACCACACCGUAUAGCUUGUCUAACGUGUAUGUUUUGAACUGAUUACAUUGGGUUAACCAAUAUCCUUAAAUAUGAAGGAAGACAUAGGAUGGGAAGGCCCGUGAGGCCAAUUGUAUAUCGAGGGCAUUUUGAUAGUUUCUGCAGAUUCAGAGUGUUGCUGUUGACAAAUGUGAAAACUACUUGAAAGCUGCUUCUGGCAGCUCUCUCUUGAUGAUGGUACCUUCAUAAUAACAUGAACUUAAUAAUAAACCCUUGACCUAAGGAGAGCACCCAAGAAUGGAAGAAUAGUAGUGAAUUCUGUUAAUAACUUCCUAAUGUUAAUCCGUCAGUCCUACAGUGUGAUAUUUUGCCUUUUCUUGUUCUUUUCUCCUUCUCAGGUAGAUGGACUGAUCACUGGAAAUUAUAGGUUUCAAGAGAUCAGUGGGGAUAAUUUGGGCCUUCAUUCAAAUGAUGAUCAUUCUAACCAGGGAUCAAACAAAGAAUUGUUGGUCUUUCUUUUUUCUUUUUUUCUGUAUAUAGCAGCAAAUAUCUUCUCUUCAUUUUGGGAUGAUGAAAUAUUCUGGAAUAUUUUCAUUACUGAAAAAAGCAAAUCUAUUUAUCUUAGCUCUAAUAAAUUAUUUUGUGUAUAUCAGCAGGUGGAAAUUCCAAACAAGCAAGGAAAAACACUUGACUCUUUUAAGUGCACAGUUCAGAAAAUACAAUUUCCAGUUGCACAGCCUUCCCCUUUAGUAUACUGUAGAGAUUGGUAGUAAUAAUUCCGGUCAUGCUGCGAAGAUCCAGUAUAUAUCCACGUCUGAAGGUCUGGCAGAUUUGAGGCUUACUUACAAGUGACUGGUCCAUGAGCCUCAUAUAAAAAAAAGAUGAAAAUGCGGAAAUUGUUUCUCAAGAGAAGAAAAAAGCUUCAUACGUGGUGUGAGAAAUAUUGAUAAGAAUUCCCUCGAAGGGGAAAUAUAUUUCUGGACUUUUAAUGUGGAGCAAUUACUUAGUCCAUAUACUUAUUAAGAUAAUUGCUUUUUUUAAACAAACAAACCACCUAGCUAGCAAGCAAACACUAAUUUAUGGAUUAGCUCUGAAUAGGAUUUAGCAAAUGUACAACACAUUUAUGCAGCCAGGCUUAAAAGUUAUUUUGAUCGAUUUUGUUAAGCAAUUAGUAGGCCGUGUAGACCUGAACUCAGUGAGAAAUACAUUGGAGUUUUCCAUCUUUGCUGCGUGCAUCAAAAUCCUCAGAAUAACCUUGAACAGUCCAAUGCAUAAUUUUCCUCUUUUUCAACUACUGCUGGAAACUUUAAGAUUAAUGUUUUUAAUCUUAAACAUUUUUUUUUUUUAGAAUUUUGAUCUAAAGUCAUGUAUGUUGUGUCUUAAAUAGGAUAAUGAAAAUGUUACUUACCAAUUUGUAUGCUUUGUUCUUUGGGAUAGUAUUUAACCAAUUGAUUAGGUGCUUGUCAAAUCCAUGUUGACUCCAAGCGACCAGGUAGAUAGGCUUUCUCCUGGCUAAGGGUUCCUUGGUGUGUGGCCUUGAAGGCCUUCUCAGUGCUUCAUUCACAAAAAUGUAAGAUAAAUAAGAGAUGCUCCAAUGACGCCCCAGAGCACAAACCUGGAAGACACUGGUUUUGCAUUUAAUGGGAAUGUUGGCAAGAAAACUGCUGUGUAAGAAAAUGGUCUUCCCCCUUCUAAAGUCCCCUUGUAAGUUACUCUUAAAUUCCAGCUCACAGCUUCUUCACCUUAGCUGCCACCGCCUCCCUGCCCUCUUCCUUCCUUGGCAUUUUAUCUCUUUGCUGUCUUUCUAGUUGCUCUCCGAGAAUGAAAAAGCACAGGAGAAGCAGGAUUGCAACUUUUAGCCUAAGAAGAUCUUGGCCCAGAGGAAAAGGUUUUGCAAGUUCGCAUCUCAUAGAGGAGAAACUAAAAGGUUGUUUUUUUUCCACCCCUCCCCUGUCUAAUUUGCACCUCUGGGCGAAAGCGAAUGUACUUGACUAUGAGCAAUGAUGUAUCUCCUCUCGAGUAAAGAUAAAAAGGGUGGUGGGAUUGGGCACCGUUCCGCAUCAAAAUCCGAUGCCAAAGAAGGCUGUAUUUCUUUUUUGCCCGCAUAAAUUAUGCAAAUUUAUUUGACACGGGAUAAUUAUGGCUUCUUCUUUUUUUUUUUUAGUACUACUCUCGUUUGCUUUCUGGAAAGGGGAUCAGGAGAAUUCUGAUGUUCCCUUACCUCUGAACACUGGGAAACUCACGAAGCCAUACCUCUCGCUUCUGAGUUUCCAGCAAGCAUUCCUUAAAAAAAAAGUUUGUAUAGCACAAUUAGCAGCAAUAAAACUAAACUACAUGAGAUUCUCAAGAAGCUGUUCUAUGCUCACUGCCACGUUGAUCGUCACGUCUGGCAUGGCAUGGCCCUUUGUGGCGUGUUUCUGGAGUCAUAAAAUGCAGCUUGAAGUGCUUGUUGUCCACAUGAACAGUCAACACUACAUGCAUUUAAAAACAACAACAACACCAUGAAUGUAAAAGAUAGGAAGCAAGCUGAGGUAAUGCACGAUAAGGCCAGCCUAAUAGAGAAGGAAGGUUGUGAUGGAGAGCCUAAAAGUCUAUAGGAAAAGAUCUGAAGAUCUGAACUGCAUGUUGUUUUUAGGCUCAGCACCUGUUGUUUCGAAUGCCAUUUCUGUUUGCAUUUGCUUAGCCAAAUGGUGAUCGUUGCAACUGAUGGUCAUUGGGAGGAGAAGGGCUGUCCUGAAGACCUCCACGAUCAUCUAAGCCAGCAUUUCUCAAGAUGUGUGGAUUGCUGUGCUGGCUGGGGAAUUCUUGGUGUUCCUCUUACAGCUACCAAGGUUAAGAAACAUUGACCUAAGGCAAGUGUCCAACCUAUGGUCCACAGGCCACAUGCGGCGGCCCAGGACAACUAGCGAUGAGGCUCCAUAAGACUAAACUUUAACAUCAUUGUAAACUACGAGCGCUGAUGAUGUUACCUAGUUUGGGUAAUGAAACAUCUGCCGGAAAACAAUCAAGCUCAGAGAGCACCAAGAUCUCCUCUUGGUCAACUUUGAACAUUAUUAUGUGAUUUAUGUACAUUAGCUAUAUUCUAUAUUUUACAUGUGACCCAAGACAAUUUCCUCUUCACUCAAUGUGGCCCAGGCAAGCCAAUAGGUCGGACGCUUCUUGUGUUGUUUAGUCAAAGAGCAGCAAUCCAGACAUCAUAAUAAAUAUUGGGUUUUAGUGGCAAUGCAGGCUGAACAGAGUUUUGAAAGAACUGAAAAGCUAUUGGGUUGGGUUUUGUUUUUGUUUAUAUUUAGCUACCUCGGAUGUAGAUGCCCAUAUUCCAAAGCUAUAAAAAUGCCUUUCAGCUUUGCAACUAUUCUAACAAAUUCUAAUGGUAGGCUUACAUGCUGAUUAGGCAAUUUUUUUCUGUGAACUGGAAAAUGUUAUUUUUACCAGUGAUUUGUCUUAGCACUUUGGUUUGCGUAUGCCUAGUUCCAACUUUAAGGCACUUAUUUUGAUUUUUAAAGGCAUGAAAUUCCUGGCUAGUAAUUCCCUGGCUGCCAGUGUGAUCUGAACACAACUCUUGCAAAUGAUAGACCUUUUUUUUUUUAAUGGCUUGGAGUUCCUUUAUGCUUGCUCUUCCUUUGAGGCUGAAUGUACGAUCUGAGUUCUACACUUGUCUUUUUUU